AUGCCGACCCUUCAAGACCUCCACCCCACCCUCCCCGCCAACUGCCCCGCUAUAAUUAGCGCGCCAAUGCUCUUCAUCGCCUCCCCCAACCUGGCCAUCUCCGUUACCCGUGCCGGAGGCCUCGGCUUCAUCGGCGCCGGCUUCGACGUCUCCAAGCUGGAGAGCCUCCUCACCCAAGCCGCCGAGCUCGCCUCGGCCUCCUCCUCCCCACCCAUCCCCAACUAUAACAAAGACGACCCCGCCACCUCCCCGAUCCCCAUCGGCGCCCUCCCCAUCCUCGCCAAACACACCCCGGCCGCCCUCUGGCUCUUCGCCGCCCACGACCCAGACCCCGCAGCCAACUACGCAGCCUGGGCGCGCGAGGUGCGCCGCGCCACGAACAACCGCACCCGCAUCUGGAUCCAAGUCGGCUCCGUCGCCGACGCGCUCGAGGUGGCCGACAAGGCCCAGCCGGACGUGCUGGUCGUGCAAGGCAGCGAUGCGGGCGGCCACGGCCUAGCGCGCAGCGCGAGCAUCGUCGCGCUCGUGCCGGAGGUGAAAGACGCGUUGACGCGGGCUGGGCAUGGGGGGAUACCCCUGGUGGCGGCGGGUGGGAUCGCGGACGGGCGAGGAGUGGCGGCGGCGCUGUGCCUGGGCGCUGCGGGGGUGGUGAUGGGGACGCGGUUCCUGGCGUGUGCGGAGGCGGCGGUGGCGCGGGGGUACCAGGCGGAGGUGUUGCGGGUUGAGGAUGGCGGGGUGAACACGGCGCGGACGACGGUGUAUGAUACCGUGCGCGGGUAUAAUGAGUGGCCUGCCCGGUAUGAUGGGCGCGGGGUGGUGAAUGACACGCUGCGGGAUAAUGAGGCUGGGAUGGAUGAUGCGGAGAAUCAGCGGUUGUAUAAGGAGGAGAUGGCGAAGGGGGAUGAAGGGUGGGGGCCUAAGGGUCGUAUGACGACGUAUGCGGGGACUGGGAUUGGGUUGGUCAGGGAGGUUAAGAGUGCGGAGGAGAUUGUGAAGGGGGUGGUGACGGAGGCGAGGGGGAUUUUGGAAAGGGUUAGGGGGAGGUUGUAA